AUGCCCGGACUCGAUAUGGCGCCUCUUCAGGCCGAUGACAUGAGAGUGUUGGGUCAAGAUCCCCUCAUUCCCCCUGCCCUUCUUAUUUCUGAGAUCCCCAUCACCGAGGAUGCUCUGCAAACAGUAGUAAAGGGCAGACGUGAUGCCGUCGGCGUCAUCAUGGGCCGCAACGACCGUCUCCUGGUCAUUGUCGGCCCAUGCUCCAUCCACGACCCCGCCACCGCCAUUGAGUACGCACACAGACUCAAGGCUCUCUCCGACAAGCUCUCAGAGGACCUCGUCAUCGUCAUGCGCGCUUACCUCGAGAAGCCACGCACCACCGUUGGCUGGAAGGGUCUGAUCAACGACCCUGAUAUCGAUGAGACCUUCAAGAUCAAUAAGGGUCUCCGCGUAUCCAGACAGCUCUUCCGUGACCUCACCUCCACCGGCAUGCCCAUCGCUACCGAGAUGUUGGACACCAUCUCUCCUCAGUUCUUGGCCGACCUGAUCUCAGUCGGUGCCAUCGGUGCCCGUACCACCGAGUCUCAGCUCCACCGUGAGCUCGCCUCUGGCCUGUCCUUCCCCAUCGGCUUCAAGAACGGAACCGAUGGCAGUCUUGGUGUUGCUAUCGAUGCCAUCGGUGCUGCUGCUGCCAAGCAUCACUUCAUGGGUGUAACCAAGCAGGGUCUUGCUGCCAUCACUCGUACCAGCGGGAACGAGCACGGCUUCGUCAUUCUCAGAGGUGGCACCAAGGGCACCAACUACGACAAGGCCAGCGUCCAGGCUGCCAAGGAGACCCUUGUCAAGAAGGGUCAAAAGCUCGCUAUCAUGAUUGACUGCUCUCACGGUAACUCUAACAAGGACCACCGCAACCAGCCCAAGGUGGCCGCCACCGUCGCCGAGCAGCUCCGCGAGGGCGAGACCGCCAUCAUUGGUGUCAUGAUUGAGUCCAACAUCAACGAGGGCAACCAGAAGGUACCUGCCGAGGGCCCUGCCGCUCUCAAGAAGGGCGUCUCCAUCACCGAUGCCUGCAUCAACUGGGAGAACACCGUGGCCGUCCUCGAGGACCUCGCCGCCGCCGUUCGCGAGCGCCGCAAGGUCAACGCUGGCAAGGAGGCCGCUGCCGAGGCCAAGACCACCCCGUUGGAGGAGGAUUAG